AAGUUUCUUUCCUGGAGUGCUUCAAGGAAGCGUGGGACGGAAGAAGGGGGGAGACAGACAGCCUGAGACCCGGGGCUUUGUGGGGACCCCAGCGGGCCGGAGUGCUCUGCUCCUGACCAUGUCGGGACCCACCUGGCUGCCCCCCAAGCAGCCGGAAACAGCCAGAGCCCUUCAUGGCAGGGUGCUCCCCCGAGGCGCCCCGGGCCCGCUGCCAGCCCAUGGAACAGCACUCCAGCCCCAUCCCAGGGUCAGUUUCUGUCCUGUCCCAUCUGAGCAGUGCUACCAGGGCCCCGUGGGGCCGGAGGAGCGGGGGCUGUCCUGGGUGGGGUGCCACGGUGCACCCCAACGCUCGCAGGGGCUCCCCCCAGAGAGAGGAGAGAGGGGGGGCGUGCGUCCCGGAAGUCUAGACGCUGAGAUUGACUCACUCACCAGCAUGUUGGCUGAGCUGGAUGGGGGCCGUGGCCCCGCUGCCCGGCGACCGGAGAGGCAGGCUUAUGAACCCCUACAGCCCCCUGCCUACCGCCCUGGGGCAUGUUCCCUAAAGCUGAAUGGAGGGAGCACUUCUGCCCCUGCACCCCCAUGUCCCUAUGGAGGCCCCACUCCGGCCUCCUACACCACAGCCAGCACCCCAGCCGGCCCAGCCUUCCCGGUGCAGGUAAAGGUGGCCCAGCCCGUUCGAGGCUGCGGCCCCCCCAGGAGGGGGGCCUCUCAGGCCUCUGGGCCUCUCCCGGGACCCCACUUUCCUCUCUCGGGCCGAGGCGAAAGCUGGGGGUCCAGCUAUAGGAGCCCCCGAGAGCCAGGCCCGGGAAGCAAAGAGGAGGCAAACAUGGUAUCUGGAGGAAGAAGCAGCGGCUAUGGGCCCCAGGUGUCCCUGAAUCAGCCACCCGAAGUGGAGCUGGAGAGGUUGGCUAAGAAGCUGGUGCAAGACAUGGCCCGGCCCCCAAGUGGCGAGUACUUUGGUCGGUGUGGCGGCUGCGGAGAGGAUGUGGUCGGCGAUGGAGCCGGGGUGGUGGCCUUGGACCACGUCUUCCACGUCAGCUGCUUCGUGUGUGCUACGUGCGGGGCCCAGUUGCGGGGUCAGCACUUCUACGCGGUGGAGAGGAGGGCGUACUGUGAGCACUGCUAUGUGGCCACCCUGGAAAAGUGCUCUACCUGCUCCCAGCCCAUACUUGACCGGAUUCUGCGGGCCAUGGGCAAGGCCUACCACCCUGGCUGCUUCACCUGCGUGGUCUGCCACCGUGGCCUCGAUGGCAUCCCGUUUACAGUGGAUGCCACCAGCCAGAUCCACUGCAUCGAGGACUUCCACAGGAAGUUUGCCCCUCGGUGCUCUGUGUGCGGUGGUGCCAUCAUGCCAGAGCCAGGCCAGGAGGAGACGGUGCGCAUUGUGGCCCUGGACCGCAGUUUCCAUAUCGGAUGUUACAAGUGCGAGGAGUGUGGAGUGCUAUUGUCCUCUGAAGGGGAGUGCCGGGGGUGCUACCCGCUGGACGGACACAUUCUGUGCAAGACAUGCAGUGCCUGGCGCAUCCAGGAGCUCUCGGCCACUGUCACCACUGACUGUUGAGAACCCUCCCGGUCUGCUGUCAUUGGCCAAAGGCUCUGUCCUCUUCCUUUGUCCAUUAAUAACACCCUUUGAGUUUCCAAAAAAAA